UCAAGCAAGCAAAAUACCAGCGAGAGAGGGAGAGAGAGAUGCAGAAGAGGGAGCAGAGCAAGUUAGGUGGAGUGGGUGGCGGGGCCUCGGCACCGCCGGCGAAAAGAGGCCGCCCAUUCGGAAGCGGCGGGAAUAGCGCCGCAGCUGCGGCUGCCGCCGCCGCCGAAACGGCAGCUCCGUCGACUCUCCUCGGUCCUUCCCUCCACGUCCACAGUUCCUUCGCCGAUCAGAACAAUAAAAGGAUAGUUUUGGCUCUUCAGAGUGGGCUGAAGAGUGAGUUGACAUGGGCAUUGAACACUCUCACAUUACUCUCUUUCAAAGAAAAAGAUGACAUGCGCAAAGACACAACCCCUCUUGCAAAGAUUCCUGGCUUGCUUGAUGCUCUCCUCAGUGUUAUUGAUGAUUGGCGUGAUAUAGCCCUUCCGAAGGAACACGUAAAGGCCCCGAGAGUCAGAAAUUUGGGUGCAAAUUUGCUUGUAACUGGGUUUGGAAAUGAGUACGAGGCAUUAGGUUCAAAUGGCACUCUCCCACUUCCUGGCUUGGGAUCCAGUUCUCAAGAAGCAUCGGUGCUGAGUAAUGUGACCAAACUUCGUUCUUCUUCAGAGUGGUGGCUUGAUGAAGAUGGUCUGUUUAAUCUAGAUGAAGAAGGUCGAGCAGAAAGACAGCAGUGUGCUGUUGCUGCUUCCAAUAUCAUUCGCAACUUCUCUUUCAUGCCAGAUAAUGAAGUCAUUAUGGCCCAGCAUCGCCAUUGUCUGGAAACAGUGUUCCAGUGCAUAGAAGAUUACCUUACAGAGGAUGAGGAACUUGUGACAAAUGCUCUUGAGACAAUUGUAAAUUUGGCUCCGUUGCUUGAUCUUGGAAUUUUCAGCUCAUCAAAGCCAUCCUACAUCAAGAUAACAGGAAAACGAGCAGUUCAAGCUAUCAUGGGGAUGCUGGGAUCUGUAGUCAAAACCUGGCAUUGUGCUGCAGCUGAGUUACUCGGGCGUCUGAUCAUAAACCCUGAUAAUGAACCUUUCCUUCUUCCCUUUGUUCCACAGAUACAUAAGCGAUUGGUUGAUCUUAUGAGCUUACCAUCAGUAGAUGCACAAACAGCACAUGGGGCACAAGCGGCUGCAGUUGGCGCACUCUACAACCUCGCUGAAGUUAAUAUGGACUGCAGGCUAAAACUAGCUAGUGAGCGAUGGGCAAUUGAUAGACUGUUAAAAGUUAUCAAGGCACCCCAUCCAGUUCCUGAAGUUUGCAGGAAAGCUGCUAUGAUAUUGGAAAGUCUUGUGUCUGAGCCACAAAACCGAGCCUUGCUGCUAGCUUAUGAGAAUGCAUUUGCUGAAAUACUAUUCUCAGAUGCCAGGUAUUCCGAUACCUUUGCCAGGAUUUUGUACGAACUGACGUCUAGACCAAACAACAAAGUGGCAGCGGCCCGUGGUGUUUGGGGAAUGUAACCAAAUAUUGUAUCCUCCGGUGAUUUGCCUCUUUAUAAAGUUAUUGGAUUGAUCCUCUGCUAACAAGUCUAUGAUCUAAUCUAUGUACCCGAUGACGUAGCAACAAUUAGUAAGAAUCUCAAGUGGUUAUUCAAAUGCUCUCUUACGGGGGGUAGUAAUUUAUAAGUGUAAUUGUGUGAAUCAGAGUCUACACUAGUGUAUGUGUACAUAUGUUUUGAUUCUGAUUUUAAAGUAUACUAUAUUUAAUCUGUAUGAACUUCUUUUUCCAGUCAACUUUCUUAGAUUGAGACUUU